CUUUCAAGACUGUUACUGCCGGUUUGUUUUCCGAUUCAUCUCAUGCAGACGGAAAACGGUCGUGUUGUCAUUGCAAUUAAAUGGCUUCAGUCGUGGUUGAAACACGGAUGGAAUCACAGUGUGAAACGAGUGGAGCUCGUCAAGGAAACGGUCUUAGCGCUGGCUAGCUCACCGGCUAACAACAAGCUAGCAGCUCACUCACUCACCAAAGUCGUACAACUUCUCCAAAACUCGCUCCAGAAACAGCUGGUCCUCCUCGCCCCCUCCAUUCUUGUUUCCGUACAUCGUUCCUUCUCGGACAGAUGAAGCGGUUCUCGGGCGUUAUGCGGACCUCAGGACGUCAACAAACCCAUGUGCAAGAAGCGAGUCGGCGCUGAGCUUCGCGGCCACCGUAGCUGCUGCCGCGUCACUCGCGGAUCCAGGAAGUCGCAGCUGCCGCCCCGCGCCUGCUGCGGGUGUCUUGUCUCUGACUCGCUGCGACACUUUCCCUCAACAAAGUGGAUGCGACCGUGGCCCCUUCGUGAGUCUUGUGUUGAAAUGGCGUCCAAAGCUGUCUACGCGCAUCAUGAUCCCAUGUUGAAGAAGAGGGACGACUUCGAGGACAUCCUGGAGGAGCGCAGGAGCUCCAGCGACCUGCGCUACGCUCUCCGCUGCUACGCGCCGGUGCUUUACAAGGACGUGACCCCCUGCAGCGCCGACCUGCUGAAAGGCGCGGUGCUUCAGUCGGAGCAUGUCGGCUUCGUGGUGCAGCAGGUAUCCAAGGAGACGGGCGGCUCAGUGGACGCGGUUCGGGCGGAGGCCGCCGCCAUCCUGGAGGAGAUGGCUCACCGGCUGCAGCUCAGCACCAUCCGCUUCUUCGCCUUCGCCCUCAGCAAAGUCUUCAAGACGCUGUUCAGGAGCAUCUGCGUGAAUGAGGAGGGCAUCCAGCGACUCCAGCAGGCCGUCCAGGAGCAGCCCGUGGUUCUGCUGCCCAGCCACCGCAGCUACAUGGACUUCCUGCUCAUGUCCUACAUCCUCUACACCUAUGACCUCCCGCUGCCCGUCAUCGCUGCAGGCAUGGACUUCAUGGGGAUGAAGAUCGUGGGCGAGAUGCUGCGGAUGUCUGGAGCCUUCUUCAUCCGACGCUCGUUCGGCGGCGACAAACUGUACUGGGCCGUCUUCUCCGAGUACGUCCGGACCAUGUUGAAGAAGGGACUUGCACCCAUUGAAUUCUUCCUGGAGGGGACGCGGAGUCGCACGGCCAAGUCUCUGACGCCGAAGCUGGGUCUGCUGAACAUCGUCAUGGAUCCGUUCCUCAAGGGCGAGGUGUUUGACAUCAGCCUGGUUCCUGUCAGCAUCUCGUACGAGAGAACCCUGGAGGAGGCGCUGUACGCCAGGGAGCUGCUGGGGGUGCCCAAGCCGAAGGAGUCCACCUCGGGUCUGUUCAAGGCCCGGAAGAUUCUAGGUGAAGACUACGGCAGCAUCCACGUCUACUUCGGUCCCCCGGUGUCGGUCCGGAGUGUGGCUGAGGGGCGAGUGGACCGGAGCCGCUUCAACCUGCUGCCAAGACACAUCCCCAGGAAGCCCAGCGAGGAGGUCCAGGGCUUUGUCACCGAUGUGGCCUACAGGCUGGUCCGGGCCCAGGAGGACAACAUGGUCCUGCAGCCCUGGGUCCUGCUGGCCGCGCUGCUGCUGCAGAACCAGCCGCAGGGCCUGAGUCUGGACCGGCUGACGGCCGAGGCCGUGUGGCUCCGGGACCUGUCUCGACAGUACGGCGCCUUCCUGCACUGGCCCGAUCACACGCCCCCGGCCGCCGUGGUCCGGUCCAGCCUGAGCCUCCACAGAGGUCUGCUGAGGAUCCGGGAGCAGAGAGUGACGCUGGCCCAUGAUCCCACAGAUUCAGGAGCAGAAGACGCUUUGCUGAGCCGGGCGGUGGUGGUGCUCUCCUGCGCCUCCUACAGGAACCAGCUGCUGCAUGUCUUCCUCAGACCCGCCCUGCUGGCCGCCGCCCUCUGCGCCUCCGCCUCCUCCCGCCGACAGGACGUCUUCAGCAGCUUCUCUUUCCUGAGGAACCUGUUCUCCAACGAGUUUGUCCUGUGUCCCGGAGCUGCCGUGCAGGACUUCGAGGAGGCCUGCUACCUUCUGAUGAAGACCGGAGCUCUGUGUGAGUCGCAGCAGGACGUGCUUGCCGCGGAGGGCGGAGCCAGGACGCUGAGCUUCCUCUGCAGCCUGCUGGAGCCCUUUGUGCAGGGAUACCAGGUGGUCUGCAGGUUCCUCUGUGAGGAGGCUUCAGAACCUCUGACAGAGAAAGGCUUUGUCCCGGCCGUCCGGAAGUUUGUCAUCCGACGUCUCCUGUCAGGUGAGCUCCGACACGUGGAGGUGCUGUCCUCGGACCUGCAGAAGAACUGCCUGGCUGCUCUGCUCAGACUGGGCGCUGUGACUCUGCUGAAGGGAGCGGGAGGCUCCGGGUUAAAGGUCAACACAGUGAUGGUGAACUCCCUGGAGGACGCUCUGGGAGGAAACCUGCCCACGCAGAAGGCUGCCCGUGCUCACCUGUGACGCCCCCUGCUGGUGGAGAUGGAGACUUGAACCGCGUCAAGUCCAGAACAGAACUAUGCAAGAGCCCUCCUGGACCGAAGACGAGGCUCCGCCUCUUGUCCCUGUGUGUGUCUGUCUUCCUGGGAUUCCUAAAUGUGUUUUUGCCAAAAAGACUGCAGUGCUCAGCCUCAGCUGUGGCGGCUGUCGGAGCCUCAGAGCAAGUUGAGAAGUGUGAAGGUGAUGGUUAUCACCAUGGCGACGGCAGAUGAUGUCAUCAGCGGGUGCUUCACGUCUCUGUGGACUUGAGAUGUUACUGACUCAGGAGCACAGCUCUGUUUACUGUUGAGACGCAACCAAGAUGCUUGACUAAAAUAUGCCGACUCACCGGGUUUUAUUUCUCACAUUUCACUCGAGUUUGUUUGUCUUUCACGUGUCAAAGAUUUGCUCUCACUGGGGCC